UAGAGAGUUUUAGAUCCGAGUUUACCUCGAACCUCUAACCUCUGGAGGUCACGUGACAAGCCCUUCGCGUCACGUUCGAGGUUUACGACGUGAGUUUUCAACGUGGAGAGAAUGGCUCCAUUUCGUUGGCCAGAGGCUCGACACGAGCUGGCACUUGCCAAGGAAGUAGCUCAACACAACCCCGAGAAACCUGAUGAGUGGGAAGCAGUAGCUAGGAGACUCGGCAAAGCAUUUUCUACGGAUUCAUGUACCGUUGAGCUUAAGGGAAGAGGCUGCCGUGAAAAAAUGGAUCGGAUUUUAACCAAAUACAAAGAAGAAGACAUGAAAGCUUUAAAGAGAUCAGGCACAGAGGAAGAAUUCACUGAGUUACAGCAGUUAUGUGAGGAUAUCUUAGUGUAUAGAAGAGAUAUGAUAGAGAUGCGACAGAUAGAAAAGGAAUCAAGAAAGAAAAGGGAGCAGGAAGAUAAAAGGAAAGGGGAGGAGAUGCGGCAGGCAGCGGUAGAAAGACUAGCAAGUCCCAGUUUGAAUAGAACCCAUGAAAUGCAGAAUAACAAAAUUGCUUUCAUUUUAGAGCGCCGUAGUGAUGCUGGCACAUCAGGUGGUGCCACGGUGGAUGUGUCUAGUAGUGGGUCAGAUGAAGAAAUUCCUUCAAAAGGAACCAAAAAGAAAGUUGCCAGGUCAAGCAGAAAGUCAGCAAUUGAAAUGCUGUCAGAAAAGUACAAAGAGAAGGCAAAACUGAAAGACAAAGAGCUGGAAGUGAGAAAGAUGGAGCUGGAUCUUCAGAAACAAAAGUACGAAGAUGAAGCUGAAGAAAGGAAGCUUUUGUUCUCCAUGCUUCGAGAACAAUUGAAAAAAUAAAUCAUUUUGUCUUUAGUUGCUCUUGAAGCAUAAGCUCUUACUUCUGCUUCAUAUUCAUACUUCUGUUUUACUUUAUUGACACCCUUUAAACAUAAUUUGUCUUCACUGGAGGAAAAGAAAAUAAAACAUUCAUCUUCUCUUGUUUUAUUUCACUCCUGUUGCUAUUUACAUAAAUAAAAUAAUUAUAGGUAGAAAGACCAAGUAAACAUGGUCAGAGGUUGGAUAGGUAGGUUUCCAGGGGUGGCGGCUCUAAACUAAAAUAAGUGGUUGUCUGUGAGCCAUAU